GCGCCCGACGCGCCGGGCACGAGCGAGGGCCGUCCGGGGCCAGGCCCAGCCGCGGGGACAUGUCGGUCAGCGAGCUCUACAGCAAGUAUACAAGGGUCUGGAUCCCUGACCCUGAAGAAGUGUGGCGCUCAGCAGAAUUAACCAAGGACUACAAGGAGGGAGAGAAGAUCCUCCAGCUGAAACUUGAAGAUGAAACUAUCCAGGAAUACCCAAUUGAUGUCCAAAACAACCAGCUGCCUUUUUUGAGGAAUCCUGAUAUUUUGGUGGGAGAAAAUGACCUCACUGCACUUAGCUAUCUGCAUGAGCCUGCAGUUCUGCAUAAUCUAAAGGUCCGUUUUCUGGAGUCGAACCACAUCUACACUUACUGUGGUAUUGUGCUUGUUGCCAUUAAUCCAUAUGAACAGUUGCCAAUCUAUGGACAAGAUGUCAUCUAUGCUUACAGUGGCCAAAAUAUGGGCGACAUGGACCCCCACAUCUUUGCUGUGGCAGAAGAAGCCUACAAGCAGAUGGCCAGAGAUGAGAAGAACCAGUCCAUCAUAGUCAGCGGGGAGUCUGGAGCCGGGAAGACGGUGUCAGCCAAGUAUGCCAUGCGUUAUUUUGCCACAGUUGGUGGCUCAGCCAGUGAAACCAACAUUGAAGAGAAGGUCCUGGCGUCCAGUCCCAUCAUGGAGGCCAUUGGAAAUGCUAAAACCACCCGCAAUGACAACAGCAGUCGCUUUGGAAAGUACAUUCAGAUUGGCUUUGAUAAAAGGUACCACAUCAUUGGGGCCAACAUGAGGACCUACUUGUUGGAAAAGUCCAGAGUGGUCUUUCAGGCAGACGACGAGCGGAAUUACCACAUCUUUUACCAGCUCUGUGCUGCUGCCAGCCUUCCGGAAUUUAAGGAGCUUGCCCUAACAUGUGCCGAGGACUUUUUCUAUACGUCCCAGGGAGGAGACACAUCUAUCGAGGGUAUAAAUGAUGCUGAAGACUUUGAGAAGACACGACAAGCCUUCACACUUCUUGGAGUGAGAGAGUCCCAUCAGAUAAGCAUUUUUAAGAUAAUUGCUUCUAUCCUGCACCUUGGAAAUGUGGAGAUUGAGGCCGAACGUGAUGGUGAUUCCUGUAGUAUAUCACCCCAGGACGAACACCUAAACAACUUCUGCCAACUGCUAGGGGUGGAGCACGAUCAGAUGAGGCACUGGCUGUGCCACCGCAAGCUGGUCACCACCUCGGAGACCUACGUCAAGACCAUGUCCCUGCAGCAGGUGGUCAAUGCACGCAACGCCCUGGCCAAGCACAUCUACGCCCAGCUGUUCAGCUGGAUCGUGGAGCACAUCAACAAGGCCCUGCACACCUCCCUCAAGCAGCACUCCUUCAUCGGGGUCCUGGACAUCUACGGGUUUGAGACGUUUGAGGUAAACAGCUUUGAGCAGUUUUGUAUCAACUAUGCUAAUGAAAAGCUCCAGCAGCAAUUCAACUCGCAUGUAUUCAAACUGGAGCAAGAAGAAUACAUGAAGGAGCAGAUUCCUUGGACCUUGAUUGACUUUUAUGAUAACCAACCUUGUAUUGACCUCAUAGAAGCUAAGCUGGGUAUCUUGGACCUGUUGGAUGAAGAAUGUAAGGUUCCCAAAGGUACUGACCAGAACUGGGCUCAAAAACUCUAUGACCGACACUCUAGCAGCCAGCACUUCCAGAAACCUCGCAUGUCCAACACGUCCUUCAUUGUCAUCCACUUUGCAGAUAAGGUGGAGUACCAUUCAGAUGGUUUUCUUGAGAAAAACAGAGACACAGUGUAUGAAGAGCACAUCAACAUCCUGAAGGCCAGCAAGUUCCCGCUAGUGACUGACUUGUUUAAUGAUGACAAGGAUUCCAUUCCUGCCACCACCACAUCUGGGAAGGGGUCAUCGAAGAUCAGUGUUCGCUCCGCCAGACCCCCCAUGAAAGCCCCCAACAAAGAGCACAAGAAAACCGUGGGCCACCAGUUCCGCACCUCCCUGCAUCUGCUUAUGGACACCCUGAAUGCCACAACGCCACACUAUGUCCGCUGCAUCAAGCCAAAUGACGAGAAGCUCCCCUUCCACUUUGAUCCCAAAAGGGCAGUGCAGCAGCUCAGAGCCUGUGGGGUGUUGGAGACGAUUCGUAUCAGCGCUGCCGGCUACCCCUCCAGGUGGGCCUAUCAUGACUUCUUCAACCGGUACCGGGUGCUUGUCAAAAAGCAAGAGCUUGCCAACACGGACAAAAAGGCCAUCUGCAAGUCUGUCCUGGAGAACCUCAUCAAGGAUCCUGACAAGUUCCAGUUUGGCCGCACCAAGAUCUUCUUCCGGGCAGGCCAGGUGGCAUACCUGGAGAAGCUGCGGGCUGACAAGUUCCGGGCAGCCACCAUCAUGAUCCAGAAGACUGUUCGGGGAUGGCUGCAGAAGGUGAAAUACCGCAGGCUGAAGAGGGCUACCCUGACUCUACAGAGGUACUGCCGAGGAUACCUGGCCCGCAGGCUGGCCGAGCAUCUGCGGCAGACUAGGGCGGCCGUGGUGUUCCAGAAGCAGUACCGGAUGCGCAGGGCCCGCCUGGCCUACCAGAGAGUCCACAGGGCUGCCGUGGUCAUCCAAGCCUUUACUCGGGGCAUGUUCGUGCGGAGAAUCUACCACCAGGUCCUCAAGGAGCACAAGGCCACCAUCAUCCAGAAGCAUGUGCGGGGCUGGAUGGCACGCAGGCACUUCCAACGGCUACGGGACGCGGCCAUUGUCAUCCAGUGUGCCUUCCGGAGGCUCAAGGCCAAGCAGGAGCUGAAGGCCCUCAAGAUCGAGGCCCGCUCGGCAGAGCACCUGAAGCGCCUCAAUGUGGGCAUGGAGAACAAGGUGGUCCAGCUGCAGCGGAAGAUAGACGACCAGAACAAAGAGUUCAAGACACUGUCAGAACAGUUGUCCGCGGUCACCUCCACGCACACCAUGGAGGUGGAGAAGCUGAAGAAGGAGCUGGCACAGUACCAGCAGAGCCAGGGUGUGGACACCAGCCCGAGGCUGCAGGAGGAGGUGGAGAGCCUGCGGACAGAGCUGCAGAAGGCCUACUCAGAGCGCAAAGUCCUGGAAGACACUCACACCAGGGAGAAAGAUGAGCUGAGAAAGCGAGUGGCAGACCUGGAGCAAGAAAAUGCUCUCUUGAAAGAUGAGAAAGAACAGCUUAACAACCAAAUACUGUGCCAAUCUAAAGAUGAAUUUGCCCAGAACUCUAUCAAGGAAAAUCUCCUGUUGAAGAAAGAUCUGGAGGAAGAACGAACCCGGUACCAGAACCUCGUGAAGGAAUAUUCACGCUUGGAGCAGAGAUAUGACAACCUUCAGGAUGAGAUGACCAUCAUAAAGCAAACUCCAGGCCACAGGCGGAACCCAUCAAACCAAAGUAGCUUAGAAUCUGACUCCAAUUACCCCUCCAUCUCCACGUCUGAGAUCGGAGACACAGAGGAUGCCCUCCAACAGGUGGAUGAAAUCGGCCUGGAGAAGGCGGCCAUGGACAUGACAGUCUUCCUGAAGCUACAGAAGAGAGUGCGAGAGCUUGAGCAGGAAAGGAAGAAGCUGCAGGUGCAGCUGGAGAAGAGAGAGCAGCAGGAUGGCAAGAAAGUCCAGGUGGAACCACCAAAGACUGACAUCGAUUUGGACCAGGAUACAGAUCUGGCCUAUAAUAGCCUAAAGAGGCAGGAGCUGGAGUCGGAGAACAAGAAGCUGAAGAAUGACCUGAAUGAGCUGAGGAAAGCUGUUGCCGACCAAGCCAUACAGAACAACUCCACCCACAGCUCCCCGGACAGCUACAGCCUCCUGCUGAACCAGCUGAAGCUGGCCAAUGAGGAGCUUGAGGUUCGCAAGGAAGAGGUGCUCAUCCUCAGGGCCCAGAUCAUGAGCGCUGACCAGCACCGACUGGCUGGAAAGAGCACGGAGCCGAACAUUAAUGCCAGAACAAGUUGGCCCAACAGUGAAAAGCACGUGGACCAGGAAGAUGCCAUCGAGGCCUACCAUGGGGUCUGCCAGACAAACAGCAAGACUGAGGAUUGGGGAUAUUUGAAUGAAGAUGGAGAGCUCGGCUUAGCCUACCAAGGCCUAAAGCAAGUUGCCAGGUUGCUGGAGGCACAGCUACAGGCCCAGAGCCGAGAGCAUGAGGAGGAGGUGGAGAGCCUCAAGGCCCAGGUGGAGGCCGUGAAGGAAGAGAUGGACAAGCAGCAGCAGACCUUCUGCCAGACGCUGCUCCUCUCCCCAGAGGCCCAGGUGGAGUUUGGCAUCCAGCAGGAGAUAUCCCGGCUGACCAGUGAGAAUCUGGACCUUAAAGAACUGGUGGAAAAGCUGGAAAAGAAUGAGAGGAAGCUCAAGAAGCAGCUGAAGAUCUACAUGAAGAAAGUCCAGGACCUAGAAGCUGCCCAGGCACUGGCCCAGAGUGAGAGCAGGCGCGAUGAGCUAACCAGGCAGGUCACGGUCCAGCGGAAGGAGAAGGACUUCCAGGGCAUGCUGGAGUACCACAAGGAAGAUGAGGCCCUUCUCAUUCGGAACCUGGUGACAGACCUGAAGCCCCAGAUGCUGUCAGGCACAGUGCCCUGUCUUCCUGCCUACAUCCUCUACAUGUGCAUCCGGCACGCAGACUACGUCAAUGAUGACCUCAAGGUAAACUCCUUGCUGACCGCCACUAUCAACGGCAUUAAGAAAGUCCUAAAGAAGCACAAUGAUGACUUUGAGAUGACAUCGUUCUGGUUAUCCAAUACCUGCCGCCUCCUUCAUUGUUUGAAGCAGUACAGUGGGGAUGAGGGCUUCAUGACGCAGAACACCGCAAAGCAGAAUGAGCACUGUCUUAAGAACUUUGACCUCACUGAAUACCGUCAGGUGCUGAGUGACCUUUCCAUUCAGAUCUACCAGCAGCUCAUUAAAAUCGCUGCGGGCGUGUUGCAGCCUAUGAUAGUUUCUGCCAUGUUGGAAAAUGAGAGCAUUCAGGGCCUAUCUGGUGUGAAGCCAACAGGCUACCGGAAGCGCUCCUCCAGCAUGGCGGAUGGGGACAACUCAUACUGCCUGGAAGCCAUCAUUCGUCAGAUGAAUUCCUUUCACACAGUCAUGUGUGACCAGGGCCUGGACCCUGAGAUCAUCCAGCAGGUGUUCAAACAGCUCUUCUACAUGAUCAAUGCUGUGACGCUCAACAACCUGCUCCUGCGGAAGGACGUCUGCUCUUGGAGCACAGGCAUGCAGCUCAGGUACAAUAUAAGUCAACUAGAGGAAUGGCUCCGGGGAAGAAACCUUCACCAGAGUGGAGCCGUUCAGACGAUGGAGCCUCUGAUCCAAGCAGCCCAGCUCCUGCAAUUAAAGAAGAAAACCCCAGAGGAUGCUGAGGCCAUCUGCUCGCUGUGCACCUCGCUCAGCACCCAGCAGAUUGUCAAAAUUUUAAACCUUUAUACUCCCCUGAAUGAAUUUGAAGAACGGGUAACAGUGGCCUUUAUACGAACAAUUCAGGCACAACUGCAAGAGCGGAACGACCCUCAGCAACUGCUGUUAGACUUCAAGCACAUGUUUCCUGUUUUGUUUCCAUUUAAUCCAUCUUCUCUGACCAUGGACUCCAUCCACAUCCCGGCGUGUCUCAAGCUGGAGUUCCUCAAUGAAGUCUGA